AGAGUAUAUUUUUAUACUAGCACCGUUUCAUAAAAUGGCGGCCAAAACAAAAAUAAUUUCAUAAAAUAAUAUUUUUUUCUCUGAAACAUUAUCUAGAUUCUAAAUAUGGCAACCAAAAGAAAAAGAGAUGUUGAAGAAGAUGCUUUGUCUACGCCAGCAUCAAAAUUUCAGAAGCAAGACGAAGUGACAAGAUCGGGGAGAGUGAGGAAGAAGCCUGCUAAGUUUGUAGAAGAGAAUAAAGAAGAAUCCGAAAUUAAGCCAGAUGUUGCAAAGCUGCCACGUUCUCCUCCAGUGCCUCGUGUCCAGCAGGUAGAGAUUGCAACAACACCACCAGUCCCUGCAGCAAAAAUUGUGAUGGUUCCAGUGAAACAGGAAGUACAAACACCAUAUAAAGAGGAUGCCUCCUCCAAUGAUGAAGAUUCAGGAAAGCCAGGUAGAUCAUCAAGGGCGAGAAAGAAAUCAGCCAAAGUAUUGGAGAUGGAGGAAUUUGAAGAAGCUGAGAAAAAGCAGGUUAAGAAAGAUCCCAGCAAGAAGAGUAAAUCUCCAGUAGCACAGACAGGUCACGAGGUACAACAAACUGUCACUACCAACCUGCCAAUACCAAUUCUGAAGAUAAAAGAUAUACCAACACUUCCAAAGGUUGAAACAGUAUCACCACCUGGCAGUAUCCAUGUAUCUCCGUCCCAGAAGUCGCCUGUUGCCGGAUCUUCAAAGUCACCUAUCAUUGUGAAAUCCCCAGACAACAAAGCAAGUGUUAUAAAAUUAUUGCUGAGUUCUCCCACACAAUCAUCAAAACCAGCCUCAUCUAACACUCCUAUUGUUCAGAGUCCUCAAAUGAAAGAAACAAAGACAAGUUCAAAGAAAACAAAAGCAAAAUCGGUGACACCUGCUAAACAGGCAUCAUCAGAUGAUAAAUCAAAGAUAAGGCAAGUUCUUGAAAUGUCAACAGGUGCGCCAGCCCCAUCAAAUAUAUCCAUUAUAAAACAAAGACUGAAUGCUGGUCCAGAUCCAACAAUAGUUAAACCUGAACCAGGUGAAGUGGUAGUCGACAAGGCACAAGAGUUUGAAGAAAUCACAGCUGUCCCUGUACCAAUGAUUCACAAAGAAACAAAGAGUAAAAGAGGGAGUAAAAAAGUUGCUGAAACUGAUGAAUCUCCAUUCAUGCCCCCGCCAGUACCUUCACCAAAUGUUAUACAUGUAGGACCUAUGAAUAUUGGCCUUGAGGUGAAACAAGAAACAGACUGCAAGAAAAAGAAAGGCAAGGUGAAAACUGAAGCAGAAAUGGAAGAAGCAAUGAUCCAUGAAGACUUUGGGCUAGACAUGCCAGAAAUCGAGCUAGGUGAACCAGGAAAUGAUUCUUUUAUAGAGAUGGAAGAAGAUGAUGGUCUGAUGAUUCCAGAGGAAGAAGUUGUAACAACAGAGAAGAAAGGAGCAAAAGAUGCAAAGAAAAAGACAGCAAAGGGGAAGAAAAAGCUCAGUUCUGUACAAUUAGGAGAUAUUCCAAACACAGAUGGUGAAUUAGUGAUGGAUUUUGCCAGAAUGAAAUCAGAUGACAAGAAGAAGAAAAAGGAGAAGCCUGCAAAAGAAGAAUCAGAGGCAACCAAGAAAAAGAGAGCCCCAACAGCUUACAUGUUAUGGUGUACUGCUAACAGACAGCGCUUAGUGAACGAUAAUCCAGGCAUAGAUUUCUCAACCAUCAGUAAAACAUUGGGGGAGAUGUGGUCUACAUUAUCUGAGAAGGAUAAGAUGGUAUGGAAGAGAAAAGCAAAGAAAGCAGCAGGAAAAGGGUCAACUCUGAUCACAACUGGUAAAGCUAAUGUACCAAAGAUCCCAGGCUCACAGACCGUCACUACAGCCAGACAGAUGGCUGUCAUGUCACAGAAGAACGCUCCAACAUUGGCUCAAGCUCUUCUUUCUGCUAAAAAUGUUAAACAACAACCUAUUGAAGAUAUGUCUACUCCUGUAAAGGGAUUUGGAAUGGAACCUGUUGACGUGGCUGCUCAUUUGAAGAUUGUUGGUGAAUCUCUGAGUAUUAUUGGCAUGAAGUUACAAGAACAUCGGGGUCUGAUUGCAGUCCAAGGGAGCUUAUCCGUAUUGUUAGACUCUAUGCUGUGCACAGUUGCUCCCCUUAUGUGUCUAACGUCAGUUUUACCAGAGACAAAUGGCCUGCCUGCAGAAACUCACAUGAAGAACUUGGACAAUAUUGCUUACAUCAUGCCAGGAUUAUGAUGGAACAAAUCACCCCACUACACAUGUGUUCAUUUUAGCUAAACUGUAUCCCAAUGCAGCUUCAUGUUUAUUGAUAGGGAAUACUCAUGAAUACAGUUUUACCUAUUUAAAAGUUCAGGUGAAAAGGAGUUGACACAGUUUUGUGCUAGAUGCAAAGAAUGAGUAUGGAAUCUUGGAGGAAGAAGUUCAAAGGAUAUUGGUGGAAUAUUGACAACAUUGAUGUCUGCAUACUGCACACCAAAACUUUCUCAUUUAUACUUUUUACAGUUGUUGUAACUUAGUGCAAAGUUAUAAAAGUGAUGGAAGACAUUUGAUGAAAAUAUUUUUACUAUGGUCAGGUGUUAAAGAUGAUGAUAAAG